CCAUCUUUCAACUCUUUCAAACUUCAAACAUUAACCCCCUUUAACCCUCCCCCAACCCCCUUUCCUCCAACCUAUGCAUCCUCCAUCACUAUAGUUAGUACCUACCUUUUCAAUCACAGAACCACCACAUUGCAACCAUGGACCCCCACAGCUUCAUAGCCCGUGCAGAAGCCCAACGCUGGUUAGGCAUCGCCGAAAAGCUCCUCAUGGGCAACGACCUCGUCGGCUCCAAAACCUUCGCAAUCCGAGCCCGAGAAUCCGACCCGCGCCUCGAAGCCGCCGAUCAGAUCCUAGCCGUAGCCGACACCCUCCUCGCCGCCGAUAAACGAGUCGUCGGAGCCAACGGCUCCCAACAACCCGACUUCUAUGCCAUUCUCCAACUCGUCCGAUUCGUUCAAGACCCCGAACACAUCUCCGCUCAGUACCGCCGGCUCGCGGUUCUGUUGAACCCGCAUCAGAACCGGUUUCCGUACGCCGAUCAAGCGUUUCAGGUUGUGAAUGAUGCGUGGGCGGUUUUAUCAAAUCCUAUGAGAAAAUCGAUUUAUGACUCUGACCUUGAGUUUUCGCAACACCAACAACAGGUUAAUAAUUUAGGGUUUAAUAUUAUUGAACCACAGAACCAACAUCACCACCACCAGCAACAACAUCAGCAGCAGCAUCAACAUAAUUUCUUUUCGGUUAAUCGAAACGAGCAGGAAAUGUUUCAAUCUAGGGUUCCAGUUCAAUCAGUUCAUCACCAUCAAGAGCAGCAGCAGCAGCAGCAGCAAUUGCAUCAGCAUAAUUUUAUGUCGGUUCCGGUUCGUGAACCGGAACAAUUGUUCCAACAUCGUGGUCAUGAACAAUUGUUGUUUCAGCAGCAGGUGCAGCCUUUUUCGGUUACGGUUGAAUCGCAGCAGCAGACUCGUCCUGCAGCACCGUUUUCGUGGCCUCAAGCACCACCACAAGUACCACCACCACCACCAUCACUGUCACAAAUGCAACAUCAAUUUGAAGCGGCCAGUCACAUUAAUAGAAGCAAUGAUGUAAGGGAAGGAGCGGGAAUGGAAGUGGAAGUGGAAGCGGAAACGGAGACAGCUGAUGAGAAUGUGGAUAAUUCUGCGUCGUUUUGGACGACGUGUCCUUACUGUUACUACAUGUAUGAGUAUCCAAGGGCUUAUGUGGAAUGCGUGCUGCGUUGUGAGACCUGUGAAAGGGCGUUUCAAGCGGUUAGUAUACCAUCUCCACCGCUGAUAAGUGAAGAUCAGGAGUCUUAUUACUACUGUUGGGGGUUCUUUCCAUUAGCGAUUUCAAUGUCACAUAUGGAGAAAAACAAAAACAAUGGUAGUACUCAGACGAACUCAAAAUGGUCGCCGUUUUCACCUAUGUGUGAUGUAACAAGUCAUGUUAAGGACCAGUUAAAUAAGAAGGCGAAGGAGGAUUUAAAUGAGGAGGCGGAGGAGGAGGAGGAUUUAAAUGAGGAGGCGGAGGAGGACCAUUUAAAUGAGAAGGCGGCCCCAAAGAAGAAGGUGUUUGUUAAUCAAAAUUUGGGGCCGCCAAUCUACAUAGACGAUGAAACCGAUGAUAUCUUUGAUGGAAUAUCUGAACCUAGCGAUGAUUCCGAUUCGGAUCUUGAAUGGAAUACUACCGAGAAAAAGAAGGCAAAGAAGAUGAAGAAAGAUAGGGUAAAGGAAGCUAGAAAUGGGAACACCAAGAAUGGUUCCUCUUUACGCUCGAGCAGGAAAUCUUCAGGUGUAACUACACGAAGGCAAUCGGUUCGGGCUGCAAAGGAAAUGGGGAGGUUGGAUUUAAACGUUGAGUUCAAUAACAAUGAAGGGGAAGAGCCCGCUGCAAGAGCGGGUGCUGGGAACCGAGGGAAUGGGCAAGGAGAUGGAGAUAAUAUCGAGGGUAUCGGGUUCUUUGAAGGGCUUGAUGAGUUUUUCAGCAGCUUGCCGAUCCUCUCUGUUGUGAAUGAUGACAAAGUUAAAGCCGCUUAGUGAUGAAGUAAGUUAAAGUAAGACCGUUUUUCUAGUUGUAGUUGUGCUAUUUAGUGGUGGUGGUGGUGUUAAUAUCAUUAGCUAAUAAUGAUGUGGUAGUUUGUUUAGCAAGUAAAUUCGUGUCGUGGAGGAGACAAAUGCAUCGCUGUUUUGUUUAAUUUCCUUCGGUCACUAUGAUCAAGUAUUGUACUUUUGCUUGUUAUCAUCAACAUCAGUUUUACCUUAGUUAUAAACUAUCAGAAUGCAUCUUUGUUUUAA